CGUCUGUCUGCAUUUACCUACUUAAAACGUAUGACUGAUUGAUUAAUUGAUUGAUUGAUUGAUUGGCUGAUUAACGUGAGAGGAGGAGCAGGCUCCAGUGUAAAAUACAUGAUGUACCAUGUAGCUGUAUACACCAGCUCUGCUCAGGCACCCAGUGGGAGCGAUGGGGUUAAUGUAAAAUCCUUCCGCUACUUCCUUAUCGCUGUCAUGCUGCUGCUUCUCUCUCUUCUGAGAAAUGCCUGAAUAAUUUGAUGUGGUUGGAGAAAAACGAGCACUGCUGUUUGAGAUAAAAUGGGUGAAACAAGACGACGAGCUUUACAAAUAGUUAUUCAGAUAACUUGCCAACUUCUAUGGGUGGCAGGUCUGGUGGUAGGUCUGAGUGGUAUGUACCUGUUGUUGAACUACAGACACAAUGGCAUCUUCUUCACCCACACAUACAUCAUCCUCCCAGCAUGCCUAGCUCUGGCCAGCGCUACUCUCCUAUUGGCCAGUGGAGGACUGGGCAUCUGGGUGUCCCUCAGAAAGUCAGCCUUGCUGCAGGGUGUGUUUGGGAUACAGCUUAUAUGUUGCCAUGGUUUUGGGCAUUUCAGUUUGUCUAUCUGCUGGUUGUGGUUUUCUGCCUGGAGGCAACUGCUGCUGCUCUGGCCUAUGUCAACACAGGAAAGGUGGACUCAGAGCUGGCUCCCUUCAGUAGGGUCUUUCAAAGAUACACAGGAAGAUGUCAGGACCCAUACUCCGAUGCUGUGGACGCCACACAGAAAGAGUUGCAGUGCUGUGGAAUCUAUGACUACCGUGACUGGUUGGCCACGCCCUGGUUUAACCACAGUGGGCGGGGCAGUGUACCUCACAGCUGCUGUAAUUACACCUACCACACCUGCAACGGUACCCUGGAGCUGCCCGGGCUACUAUAUCCAAAGGGCUGCCAGGUGAAGCUUGAGGAGGCCUUGCGUUUUGUUCUGCAUCUCAUCAUCUGGUCAUCUCUGGCAGUGGUGCUAGUGGAGACUGUAGGGUUUGUGAGUGUGGCUCAGCUGAUGAGGGACCAGCCUCUGUUGGAGUAUGGCAUACUGGACAGGGAGUAUGGCAUACUGGACAGGGAGUAUGGCAUACUGGACAGGGAGUAUGGCAUACUGGACAGGGAGUAUGGCAUACUGGACAGGGAGUAUGGCAUACUGGACAGGGAGUGGGCCUGAACCAGAGUCUCAGUCCAGAAUACUUUCUGCCAAUCUACCUUAGAUAUACUAUGUCCUGAACCUUGGUAAAGUUAAUGAUGCUGUGGACCUUAAAGCCCCAGUGCAGUCAAAUUAGAUUUGUUUUGUGUGUGUGUUUUUUUUUUCCUCCAGUGUUUUAUAUCAUAUUUCCACACUGAGGUUGGAAGAAUACUAUGAAAUUGUGAAAAUGCUGAUAAUGCCCUUUUAGUGUAAGUGCUGUUUGAAGACUGCUCUCUAGUGGUUUUGUGUGUGUGUGUGUGUGUGUGUGUGUCUAGUUGUCUGGGCAGCUCCAGGGCCCCUAGGGUACCAUUACAGGUAAUUGACGCAAUCAUCCCCGAUCUUGUUGGUGAAGCUACUUUAAAAGAGUGAUUAUCUUGUUCACUAAACUAAUGUAUACACAUCUGUGAAGGAAGAUGUACUCUAAAAGUGUCCCACACUUCUGCAUACACUUCCUUCGUUUCAUAAGGAUCAACUGGAAUAUGUAAUGGCCACAAUGUUUCAUAAGGAUCAACUGGAAUAUGUAAUGGCCACAAUGUUUCAUAAGGAUCAACUGGAAUAUGUAAUGGCCACAAUGUUUCAUAAG